AUGAGUCUGCUGAUGUUUACACAACUACUGCUCUGUGGAUUUUUAUAUGUUCGGGUUGAUGGAUCUCGUCUUCGCCAAGAGGACUUUCCCCCACGGAUUGUUGAGCAUCCUUCAGAUGUUAUAGUCUCUAAGGGAGAACCCACCACUUUGAACUGCAAGGCAGAGGGCCGGCCAACACCCACCAUUGAGUGGUACAAGGAUGGGGAGCGAGUGGAGACUGACAAGGAUGAUCCCCGGUCUCACAGGAUGCUUCUGCCCAGCGGAUCCUUAUUCUUCUUGCGCAUCGUGCAUGGGCGCAGAAGUAAACCUGAUGAAGGAAGCUACGUUUGUGUUGCGAGGAACUAUCUUGGUGAAGCAGUGAGUCGAAAUGCAUCUCUGGAGGUGGCAUUGUUACGAGAUGACUUCCGGCAAAACCCCACAGAUGUUGUUGUGGCAGCUGGAGAGCCUGCGAUCCUGGAAUGCCAGCCUCCCCGGGGACACCCUGAACCCACUAUUUACUGGAAAAAAGAUAAAAUUAGAAUUGAUGAUAAGGAAGAAAGAAUAAGUAUUCGUGGUGGAAAACUGAUGAUCUCCAAUACCAGGAAAAGUGAUGCAGGGAUGUAUACCUGUGUUGGCACCAAUAUGGUGGGAGAAAGAGACAGCGAUCCAGCAGAGCUAACUGUAUUUGAACGACCAACAUUUCUCAGAAGGCCAAUAAACCAGGUGGUGCUGGAGGAAGAAGCUGUGGAAUUUCGAUGUCAGGUCCAGGGAGAUCCUCAACCAACUGUAAGAUGGAAAAAGGAUGAUGCAGACUUGCCGAGAGGAAGAUAUGACAUCAAAGAUGAUUACACCCUAAGAAUUAAAAAGGCUAUGAGUACAGAUGAAGGCACAUAUAUGUGUAUUGCCGAGAAUCGGGUUGGAAAAGUGGAAGCCUCAGCUACUCUCACAGUCAGAGCUCGCCCCGUUGCUCCUCCACAGUUUGUGGUUAGGCCAAGAGAUCAGAUUGUUGCUCAAGGUCGAACAGUGACAUUUCCCUGUGAAACUAAAGGAAACCCGCAGCCAGCUGUUUUUUGGCAGAAAGAAGGCAGCCAGAAUCUCCUCUUCCCAAACCAACCCCAGCAGCCUAACAGUAGAUGCUCAGUGUCACCAACUGGAGAUCUCACCAUUACCAACAUUCAGCGUUCAGAUGCGGGUUACUACAUUUGCCAGGCCUUAACUGUGGCAGGAAGCAUUUUAGCAAAAGCUCAACUGGAGGUUACUGAUGUUUUGACAGAUAGACCUCCACCCAUAAUUCUACAAGGUCCAGCUAACCAAACACUAGCAGUAGAUGGUACAGCAUUACUGAAAUGUAAAGCUACUGGUGAGCCUCUUCCUGUAAUUAGCUGGUUAAAGGAAGGAUUUACUUUUCUGGGUAGAGACCCAAGAGCAACAAUACAAGAGCAAGGAACACUGCAGAUUAAGAAUUUACGGACUUCUGAUACUGGCACGUAUACCUGUGUGGCUACAAGUUCAAGUGGUGAGACCUCCUGGAGUGCUGUGUUGGAUGUGACAGAAUCUGGAGCAACAAUCAGUAAAAACUAUGAUUUGAAGGACUUGCCAGGACCACCAUCCAAACCACAGGUCACGGAUGUUACUAAGAACAGCGUCACCUUGUCUUGGCAACCAGGUACCCCUGGAUCCCUUCCAGCAAGUGCAUAUAUCAUUGAGGCAUUCAGCCAAUCAGUGAGCAAUAGCUGGCAGACAGUGGCAAACCAUGUAAAGACCACCCUCUACACUGUCAGAGGACUACGGCCCAAUACAAUCUACCUGUUCAUGGUCAGAGCUAUUAACCCCCAAGGUCUCAGUGACCCCAGCCCCAUGUCAGAUCCUGUGCGCACACAAGAUAUCAGCCCACCAGCACAAGGAGUGGAUCACAGACAAGUACAGAAAGAACUAGGAGAUGUCACUGUUCGUCUUCAUACUCCAGUUGUAUUAACUCCCACCACAGUUCAAGUCACUUGGACAGUGGAUCGCCAGCCCCAGUUUAUUCAAGGCUACCGGAUUAUGUAUCGUCAGACUUCUGGCCUGCAGGCUACGCUAACAUGGCAGAAUUUAGAUGCCAAAGUCCCAACUGAAAGAAAUGCAGUUUUAGUCAAUCUGAAAAAGGGAGUGACUUAUGAAAUUAAAGUUCGACCAUAUUUUAAUGAGUUCCAGGGAAUGGAUAGUGAAUCUAAAAUAGUUCGUACUACUGAAGAAGCCCCAAGUGCCCCUCCACAGUCUGUCACUGUGCUGACAGUCGGAAGCCACAAUAGCACAAGCAUUAGUGUUUCUUGGGAUCCUCCUCCUCCAGAUCAUCAGAAUGGAAUUAUCCAAGAAUACAAGAUUUGGUGUUUGGGGAAUGAAACUCGAUUCCAUAUCAACAAAACUGUGGAUGCGACCAUUCGGUCUGUUAUAAUUGGUGGAUUAUUCCCAGGUAUUCAAUAUCGCGUAGAAGUUGCAGCUAGUACAAGUGCAGGAGUUGGAGUAAAAAGUGAGCCACAGACAAUAAUAAUUGGAGGACAUAAUGAAGUUGUCAUUACUGAAAACAAUAACAGCAUAACUGAACAAAUCACUGAUGUUGUGAAGCAACCAGCCUUUAUAGCUGGUAUUGGUGGUGCCUGCUGGGUAAUUUUGAUGGGUUUUAGCAUCUGGUUGUAUUGGCGAAGAAAGAAAAGAAAGGGACUUAGCAAUUAUGCUGUUACAUUUCAGAGAGGAGAUGGAGGACUAAUGAGCAAUGGAAGCCGUCCAGGACUUCUAAAUGCUGCUGAUCCCAAUUAUCCAUGGCUUGCUGAUUCCUGGCCAGCCACAAGCUUGCCCGUGAACAAUAGCAAUAGUGGCCCAAAUGAGAUUGGAAAUUUUGGGCGUGGAGAUGUACUGCCACCAGUUCCAGGCCAAGGGGAUAAAACAGCAACAAUGCUCUCAGAUGGAGCCAUUUAUAGCAGCAUUGACUUCACAACGAAAACCACUUACAACAGUUCCAGCCAAAUAACACAGGCUACCCCAUAUGCCACAACACAGAUCUUGCAUUCCAAUAGCAUUCAUGAAUUGGCUGUUGAUCUGCCUGACCCACAAUGGAAAAGCUCAAUUCAGCAAAAAACAGAUCUGAUGGGAUUUGGUUAUUCUCUACCUGAUCAGAACAAAGGUAACAAUGGUGGGAAAGGUGGAAAAAAGAAGAAAAAUAAAAAUGCUUCUAAACCACAGAAAAACAAUGGAUCAACCUGGGCCAAUGUCCCACUACCUCCUCCCCCAGUCCAGCCCCUUCCUGGCACAGAGCUGGAACACUAUGCAGUGGAUCAGCAAGAAAAUGGCUAUGACAGUGAUAGCUGGUGCCCACCUUUACCAGUACAAACAUACUUGCACCAGGGUAUGGAAGAUGAACUGGAGGAAGACGAUGACCGGGUCCCAACACCUCCUGUUCGAGGAGUGGCUUCUUCUCCUGCUAUCUCCUUUGGACAGCAGUCCACUGCAACUCUUACUCCAUCCCCAAGAGAAGAGAUGCAACCCAUGCUGCAGGCUCAUCUGGAUGAGUUGACAAGGGCCUAUCAGUUUGACAUAGCAAAACAAACAUGGCACAUUCCAAGCAAUAAUCAACCUCCGCAGCCCCCAGUUCCACCAUUAGGUUAUGUGUCCGGAGCCCUGAUUUCCGAUUUGGAAACAGAUGUUCCAGAUGAUGAUGUUGAUGAUGAAGAGGAAGCUUUAGAAAUCCCCAGGCCCCUGAGAGCACUAGAGCAGACGCCCGGAUCCAGUAUGGACAAUCUAGACAGCUCUGUGACAGGUUCAAUGGUAAAUGGAUGGGGCUCUGCAUCUGAUGAGGAUCGUAACUUUUCUAGUCAUAGAUCUAGUGUAGGUAGCUCCUCAGAAGGCUCCAUCUUUGCCAGCGGCAGUUUUGCACAAGCUCUGAUGGCAGCAGCAGAUAAAGCUGGUUUUAGGCUGGAUGGAACCAGCCUUACAAGAACAGGCAAAGCAUUUACAUCCUCUCAAAGACCUCGACCAACCAGCCCAUUUUCUACAGACAGUAACACCAGUGCAGCCCUGAAUCAAAGUCAGAGGCCUAGGCCCACUAAAAAACACAAGGGAGGGCGAAUGGACCAACAACCAGCAUUGCCUCAUCGAAGGGAAGGAAUGACAGAUGAGGAGGCCUUGGUGCCCUAUAGCAAGCCCAGUUUCCCAUCUCCAGGCGGUCACAGCUCAUCAGGAACAGCUUCCUCAAAGGGAUCCACAGGACCCAGGAAAGCCGAGGUACUGAGGGGAGGCCACCAGCGUAAUGCCAGCGACCUUCUUGACAUAGGAUAUAUGGGCUCAAAUAGUCAAGGACAGUUUACAGGUGAAUUAUGUAAGUGCUUUAGGACAUUUGAAAAAGCUAUCAUAAUCUGGAAAGAAUAUAGGUAUAAUAGCAUUGCAGUAAUAAGUAAACCAAAUUCAGAAUAA